AGGUUGAAAUGCCGUUCAAAGUUCCAUCUGAUCUGUCAGGUGGUCUGUAUUUCUUUGAUGGCAAACGUAACACUGUUCAAAGUCCUAGUUCGUUUGACGUCAUGGAGCCGCGAAUAGGCGAAGUUGUAGCGAAAUGUCCCAUAGCUGACCAGCAGAUCGUAGAUCGUGUGGUACGUCAUGCUGCUGAAGCACAACCGGAAUGGGGUGAUCUGACUCCACUCGAACGAGGAAAAGUGUUACAUAAAGUAGCUGAAAUCAUGAGAGAGAAUCUAGAAGACAUAGCUCGCUGGGAAGUGAAAACAAAUGGAAAACCAAUAUACGAAGCUCGCGUGGACAUUCAGUCAUCAGCAGACACUUUCGACUUUUUUGGGGGAGUGGCUCCAGCAGUUUUGCAAGGUGAUCAAAUUGAUCUACCUGGGGGCCCUACGGGUAGAUUCGCUUACACUAAACGAGAGCCGCUUGGAGUUGUGGGUUGUAUCGGAGCAUGGAAUUAUCCUCUUCAAACCUGCGUUUGGAAAGUAGCCCCAGCCUUAGCUGCUGGCAAUGCCGUCGUCUAUAAACCUUCCCCCUUCGCGCCUGCUUCACCAGUGCUCCUGGGCGAAAUUCUUGCCGCAGCCGGAAUCCCUAAGGGAGUUUACAAUGUUGUACAGGGAGAGGCCGAAACAGGCAAACUGCUAUGUGUUCACCCACUUAUCCGUAAACUUUCCUUUACUGGAUCAGUCGCUGGAGGAAUGGGUGUACAGAGACAAGCAGCAACUGAUAACGUGAAACCGGUAACGCUCGAGCUAGGAGGUAAAUCAGAACUGAUCAUCUUUGAUGAUACCGAUAUCAAAAAUGCUGUGGCUGGAGCUAUGUUGGCGAAUUUCCUCAAUCAAGGUCAAGUGUGUACAAAUGCCACUCGUGUGUUCGUUCAGCGAGGCAUACUUGAAGCAUUCACAGCUGAACUAUUAAAGGAGUGCGACAAGAAACUCAAGGUUGGAGAUCCACUGAAUGAGGAUACUAGAGUCGGAGCUAAUAUCAACGAAGGCCACAUGAACAAGAUUUUGGACUUUAUUGAGAGUGCUAAACAAGAGGGUGGCCAGGUACUACGAGGCGGAAAGAGGGUUCAUCCCAAAGGCGUUGAAAAUGGAUUCUAUAUCGAACCAGCAGUGAUCAUUGGAUUGAAGGAUGAUGCUCGAGCUGUGCGUGAAGAAAUCUUUGGUGCAUGUUGUCUGAUACUUCCUUUCGACACAGAAGAAGAAGUGCUACAAAGGGCUAACAACACCGAAUUUGGUCUAGCAGCUGGUGUAUUCUCAGGGAACUUGGCGCGAUGUCACCGAGUUGCUGCAAGGCUACAAGCUGGAACAGUCUACAUCAAUACUUACAAUGACACUGAGGUGAAUGUGCCCUUCGGUGGAUAUAAAAACUCUGGACAUGGUCGUGAAAAUUGUCUCGACACGCUCAAAGCAUACAGCCAGCUCAAAGCCAUCUAUGUCAACAUUCAAGAUACCACUGAACACUGCUUCUAACAGCUAAUCGAAGGAUGAAUAAGGAAAAUUUCUCAAAUUUUGACAUCAAAGAUAAAUAAUACUCAGG